AUGAUAAGUGGACCUUUCUGUGUUUGUGUGCUUUCCAGUGUUCCAUUAAAAGAGCUGCACGACUUCAAAAGAGCGAAGCAAUUGGCGAAGAAUGACGUCGAAUUGACGCAACUUCGGCACCAAAUCGCCGACCAAGCGGUUCUCGUCACCAAACUUGAAGAAGAUUUGGCCGCCGCCGUCGCUCGUCGAAAUAGUCAAGACAUAGAGGAUUUGUCGACGAUGGACAUGUUGGGAGCAGUUCACGACACCAAAAUGGACAGUGAAACUAACAGUGUGCUUACAAUCGUCUUAGCACAAAGGGAUCGCUUGAAACUGCGUGUAGGCGCUCUAGAAGAGGACCUAAUGGCUGAAAAGACCAAGCAGUCGGUGCUUCAAACAGAAAUUGAGAAAGUGCGUGACGACAACGUGAAGCUGUACGGCAAGAUAAAGUUCCUUCAAAGCUGUGGGAACAAGUCUUCUGAGACGAGCGUUUCACUACCAGAGGAGAGCAGCUAUAGUGCGCAGUAUGAACGUCAUUUGGAUCCAUUCCAACGAUUCGGACAGGCCGAAACGCAGCGGGUCUACACUCGUCUACCGAUGCACGACCGGGCAUCACUCAGUAUUGGAAGAGCGAUUAUGACGUCAGCAUCAGCACGAAUGACAUUCUUCUUCUACUUAGUUGUACUGCAUUUGCUCGUCUUCUUGGUAUUGUACCGCUUUGCCUACACGGAAUCGUGUGAACGCGACUUCCAGCAAGACUGUGUGGCGCGAUUCGAGCGUCAUAUGAGGGAACAUCAUCCGGGAAGCUCCCAUGGGUGA